AUGUUACCAACGCCGACAAAUUCCAGCUUGAACUGGAAUAAGUAUGGACGGAAGCCUGCAAUGCACCAGCGUAACAAUACCACUGCGAUGAAGAGGCAUCCACCCGUAAGAGCAUCUCAGCGACGACAGGAGGCGAAGGGAAGGGCGAAGAUAAUUGCACCACGGAAACCGAACCCAUCCAAACAACGCAUAUUCUCAUUGCCACUACAAGAUUGGACCCCACCCCAUCCUUUUUCCCUUCUUACCGGACAGUGGCAUCCCACAUGUCUGUCCAGCUUCGUCGUCCAUUUCUUUUCCACUGAGUUCCUAAAGUGGGUCGCUGUCCUGCCUCCCAUUUCAAGCACACUUCAUUUCUAUUUGUGCUUGGCCAGUCGACCUCUGACCGCAGAGGCAGCAGUAAAAGCAGCAACAGCAAAAGGAGGAGAAAGAGGCAUCAUUUUGAAGAUUGCAGUGAGUAUCCACUGUGGGAUGGGAAGGGACAGGAGAGGUGAUAGAUAG